AUGGCAGAACACCUCCAAGCCUCUGUAGCCUCCCUCCAGUCCUCCCUCGGACUGGUCGACUCCUCCAUCUCCACCCUCGAAUCCGGCAUCAGCGACUUCCCCCGACUAUGCAAGGUCUUGCAAACAACCCGACACUUCGAACUUCUCCCUGAACCCACCCUCCGCGAAGCCCAACAAGCCCUCCUCGACGAGAUCACCCCCAGCAUCGCGCACCUCCUCUCCCUCGCCUCCAACCACGUCGAGAAACUCUCCCGUCGCGAACAGGGCCUGCGAGCCAAAUGCGAGCUCCAAGAAGGCCGCCUCCAUUCGUCCAACCAGACCCGCCAGCCCAAAGUACGGAGUACGUAUGGCGACCGAUCCGGCGGAUCGGGCAAUGCGGCGAAGGCGGCGGAGAUGCGGAGAUUGGUUCAGAAGAAAGAACGGCUUCAGUAUGCGGUGGAGCGGUUAGAACUGCAGAGUAAACAGCGGGAGCGCCAGUUGCGGAAGAGUAUGGCUUUUCAGUGA